GCGCCUGAGGGUGAGUAGCUGCUUGCGAGAGCGGCGCAAGGAGAGGAAGGGUCGAACACGAAAUCCUCUGUCCAGCUCCUGGCGAUACCUCCACCUACCCGCGCAUCGGUUCCUCCCUUCACCGGCCCGUCGCUGUCGCCCCGAUCGCCGGCACGAUGGGCGGAUCAGGCUCCAGUUUGCUGGACGAGAGCAAAUGCACCUACAUCCGAGGAAAGACCGAAGCAGUGAUCAAAAACUUCAGCCCACACUAUAAGCGCCAAUAUGCUGUGUCCUUUUGCAAACACAUCCAGAAUGAGCUGGAACAAAAUAGAGAUCUGCAGUCCCAAUUCUUAAAAACAAAGCCACCUGGAUUAUCCAGCAUGGUCCUUUAUGAAGGAGAAGUGUCACAUUUUGCUGAAGACUUGAAGAAAUGGAAAGACAGAUACGUAGUAAUUAAAAAUAAUUAUGCUGUGGAAAGCUUUGAAAGCAAAGAGGCAUUCCAGAAAGGAGUAAGUUCAAAAAGUUGCAUUCACCCUGUUGGAGGCAAAGUGCUAACUACAGAGGAAGAAUAUAACUCACUAUCUGAUAAAUAUUUUCCAGAACCUAAUGGUUCCAGUGAAAAGGAGAAUACCCAGGCCUUUGUUGUGCCUCCAAAGGAAUUUCUGGUCUAUCUGUGGCAGCCUUUCCUUAGACACAGUUAUUACUGUUUUCUGGAUUCAGAGGCUCAGAAGCGAUUCAGCACCAUGUUGAAUGAUUGCAUCAGGCACUUAAACCAUGAUUCUUUCAAACAGCCUUCCUUUGAAGCUCAAGCAUUUUUAGAAGCUGUCCAGUUUUUCCGUCAGGAGAAAGGCCAUUACGGGCUGUCGGAAAUGAUUACAGGAAAUGAAAUUCAGAUUCUUAGCAACCUUGUGAUGGAGGAGCUCCUACCUAGCCUGCAGAGCAUGGUGCUCCCUAAAAUGAAAGGGAAGAGGAAUGACCGAAAGCGGGCAUGGUUUGGUAUUCUAGAAGAAACAUACCACUUGGUCCAUGAUCAGGUGUCAGAUGGUUUAGGUGCUCUGAAAGAAGAAUGCAAAGAGGUCACUCUAGGACUAGAAGGAACUAUUCGCUCAAACAUGGACCAAAUUGUGACUUCGAAAGACUUUUUAGCUGGGAAAAUAAAAGGGAGCAUAGCUGAACCUAUCCAGAUCUGUUGUGGCGAAAGUAUUCAGCCCUUUUUAGCUUCUGUACUAGAGGAACUCAUGGGGCCAGUGAGCUCUGGAUUCACCGAAGUCUGUCUGCUGUUUGAAAAGGAGGUCAAUGCGAUCAGCCAAACCUUUCAAGGAACAAAUGAUGUCGCAAUACUAAAUGAGAACGUGAAUCACCUGAUGAAUCUGCCAUACAACUCUGUCAAAAUGGAGCCUUGCUAUCUAAAAGUCAACUUUCUUCAAGAGCAACUCCAGGACCUCAAGAGCCGCUUCAAAUUCCACAACAUUAACUUGGUUAUCCAGAGGACACAUAAUGUAAUGCAGGAGCUUCUGGAAAAUGCAGUAUAUACAUUUGAGCAGCUAUUGGGUUUAAAUCACUCCAGAGACAUAGCCAAAACAGCAACAGCCAUUGAAAAAGUCAAACUUCGUGUCCUUAAGCAAUAUGAUUAUGACAGCAGUACUAUCCGGAAGAGGAUAUUUCAGGAUGCCUUGGUCCAGAUCACUUUGCCCACACUGCAGCGGACACUGGCUUCAACGUGUAAACCAGUGCUUCAGGAGUAUGAGCAAUACAUCUUUGCUGAAUAUAACAGUGUGAUACAAGUUGAAAAUGUCUAUGAAGAGAUUCUGUUUCAAACAUUGCUUGAUGAAUCCCUAAAAGUGAUAAAAGAAGCUGUCCAUCUGAAGAAACAUAACCUUUAUGAGGAAAUAAACUUGCCUUCUGAAAGCGUAUCCAGUUUGAGUGAUCUAAAAACCCCUGUAGAAUCAGCACAGGCUAGCCCAGCUAGAGUGCCAGCCACCAACUUGAUGGACGAAUCAGAUGGUGGCCUUGAAAGUAAUGACGUCUUUUUAACAGAAAAACUUCCUCAAGAAGAGGAAUGUGAUGAGGCUAGGAAGACAGUGGACAAUAAAGAAGGCAUUUCAGCUGCUGAAGCUAGUAGUCCUGCUGAUACAAAAGAAGAGGGGAUAAUAACUUCAGAUCUUGGUGGCAGCGAAUUUUGUCCAAAGAUACUUACUGUUGUAAAGGGAGCCCUUCCAAUCACAAAUGAUUGUGAAAACACAAUAAAACAAAAUAAAGGAUCAGCAGAAGAGGAAGAACAUCCAGUUCCUGAUGGUGUGAAUGAAAUUAGAAAUUUGAUGACCUGGACUGUUGAACUGCAAGAAUAUGAUCAGCCUAGGAACAAAGAACAAGUUUUACAGGAAUGUGAAAUGUCAGACCCAAAGGAAGAAGCAGAAGCAAAGAGUAAAAAGGGUAACAUGAAUGCAGAGGAAUUUCAAACAUGUGAGUUGCAGAAGCCUUCCAACAUGCCUUUGCCCACUGUAAAAGCAGAUGAUACAAAUAUUGGAAGUAUCUCUUGGGAAGGAAGCACCAUAAUUCAUCAGGAUGCUUCUGAGAAGUCUGAAGAACAGAGUCUCAGUGAUGUCUCAAGGGCAGAGUUGAACACAGAGCCAAACAUAGCACAUUCAGAUGAUAAGAAUGAUAAUACCCCUGACCAGCCUGAAAUAAAGCCAUCUACUGAAAGUGGACAGUCUGACCAGAGCAAAGUAGGCCUUUCACCUCAUAAUGUUGUGUCUGCAGAACAGAAGUCACAAACAGAGCAUGGUGAAGGUGAACAACCUGAUCAGAUAAGAGAAGGAUUUUCUUCUCUCCAUUCUUUCCCAAAGGAAGACCAUUCCCAAAUGGGACAGUGUAUUAAAACAGAUUUUCAGGAAGCAGAGCUGUCCCUUCUGCAGUCUGUCCUGAGGGAAACAGAGAUAUCAUCCUUCUUGAGCUGUCCUGCUGAAACUCAAGAAUGCCUGUUGAAUACAGGAUCUUUAAACAAUGAACCACCAAAUCUGCCAGUUUCCUUAGAAAUAAAAGAAACUGAGGCUAGCAAUCUGGUGGGCAUGGACUCCAAAAAUGUCACUUUUGAUCGAGGGGAUGAUUCUGAGCAAGGAGGUGUGUCCUUGCUGGAUGCAGAUGCUACAGAUAUAAUUAAGUGAUGAAAGAUUAAAAAAUACUGAGGGCAACUGUUCUGAUUCACAGUUUGAAAAAUAGAAAAACACUAUUUUGGAAAUUUAAAGCCUGAGCCCCGAGUUAUGAUUAGUCUCCUUAAAAUUAGAUUGGAGAGAUUUAUUCAAAUUCCCAAACUAUUUGAGAGCCAUCUUUUAAUUUGAACCUGUGGCUUUCUGAAAAUCUGUACUAUUCGAAUAAUACUCUUCUGUCAGUUGCUGCUGCUUGUCAUUUACUCAUUCAGAAGUGAAUCAUCAAAGAAUCAUUGCUAAAGUGGUGAAGAGUUUUGCAACUACCAGUUAUAAAUUGACAGAACAUUUAGCCUUUCCUAUUUUUUGAAAACACAAUUCAUUGGGAAUAUUCAUUGCCACUGUUGACAAUGAGCAAUCUGUUUGUGGAUGAGAUUUCAGUGAUUGUCAGUAGAAUUUAGAAGGAAGUGCUAAAAUCAGGUGUUACGAAGAGAGAGAAAGUAUUGCAUGAUAUGUAGUAAAGAAAAAAGGAAGGCAAACCUUCAACAGAAGUAAUAAAAUUUCCUUACUGGAGUCUUAUACAACACGUUUUGAACUUUCAUAGCUAUAUCGUUGUUUUUGUACUUAAAAGCUUUGCCAGAUAUUUUGAGAAUGGAGAGAGCCGAUUCCUCUCCUCUUACCAUUGUUGCUAUAUUUAAAAAUUGCCAUAAUAAUUGGAGCAGAUUUCUCUAUCCUAUUUUUCUACACCUUCUGCAGAGCACUUUAUACUACUCUUUUCAAGGGAAUGACAAAUGUUUACAGUGACUUGUACUAUACACAAAAAUGAAACAAAAGCCAACAAGCCAACAAUUAAUAAUUGAGAGCUCAGUAUCAUGGCAGUCCAUUUUCCAAAUGUUGAAUUCUACCCCUGUAUACGUUAUGCCUAUGUAAGAUGAGUUCCAUAUUACUUAUUUGACACCAUUUAUUCUGAUUCUGCUAAUUAAGGAGACAAGAAGCCAAUGGUAGAAGGCCAUUGGCUGGAAAGCAAGAUCUGUCUUUAAUACUUCAUGUGCAAUGUAGUAGAAGAUUGCCUGCUGAUAUUUUCUCUUUUAUCCCUAUAAACAAGAGGGUUCCAGAUAUUCAGUGACUCUUUUAGAGUAGGAGAGGGCAUUUAUAACUCCAUUCCUCUGACUCACAACUUGAGAACAGCCUUCUAAGGCCUAUAUUCAACCCUUGUUCACAUGCCUAGAAUUACUUUUUCUGUCCUCAUCUCUUAGUAUUCUAUAGAAUGAAGGGAAAU